AUGGUGGUGUCUGCUAUCGAGACAGAAGCGGUACUGGUCCGGACUGUUCUCUGCUCUUCAUCAAACCCCGGCAAGGUCUGGGAAGAGUGGAAACAACGCAUCAAGGCUCAACUGCAAUCCGUUCAGAAGAAAUUACGCCUUCAAGAUUCUCAGGCGGUUGAAGCGGCUCGCCUUCAUCUCGAUCAGGCCGCUGCUCGAUACCGCGAAUCUUCUUGUUCGGUACACCGGGGUUACUUUGAUGAAGCCAUGCGGUACUACAAGUCGACGGUCACGCGGACGAGUCAGUACAACCAGGACACUGCGUUUGACUUCCACGUGGCCAACUCCAAAAAGUCGACCAAGCACUGA